AUGAAUGCUCGAUUAGGAGACUUUGGACUAGCAAGAUUAUACGACCAUGGUCAAAAUUCACACACCACAAAUGUCGUAGGUACAAUCGGAUACAUUGCGCCUGAAUUGACACGAACCGGGAAGGCCUCGAAAAGCACUGAUGUCUUUGCAUACGGCAUUCUACUUCUUGAAAUUGCCUGUGGAAGAGCACCAGUCACAUAUGAACCAGAUCGCAACACGAUAUUAGUGGAUCGGAUUUUGGAUUGUCUCCAGACAGGCAACAUUCUCGAUGCAGUCGAUCCUAAACUGAAUUCGACUUAUGCAAUCGAAGAGAUGGAAUUAGUGUUGGGACUUGGUCUUUUGUGCUCUCAUCGAAAGCCGGAAUCAAGGCCUACAAUGAGGCAAGUGAUAAGAUAUCUUAACAGGGAUGAAAUCCUGCCAGUUUUUGAUAAAUUAAGCUCAGUUAGAUCCCAGAGAGCUGAUCAAAUCAGAUCAAGAUUCAUGGCUUUAGGAUUAACUGAUGACAGUAUUGUCACAACAUCAUCAAUUCUCUCAUCUUCUGUAGGGGAAAUGUCUACUAGUUCAUUUGAAAUUUCUGGCAGAUGA